GAAAUGGAUUUCACAAGAGGGAUCCUGCUUUCUGAAAAUUCGUAUUAAACAUUUGAUGAAGAGAAACUGCACACAGGAAGCAAUGCUGUUGUCAAAACUUUGUGCUGAAUCUUCAGAAGUUUCAAGUGAUUUCUUUUUCCGACAGACUUUUAUCACAUGUUUAUGUACUCUUUUGCCGAACGAGGAAGCUUUUAAAGAGAUUUCAAGGAUGGAUGGAAAAGAGGUUUUAGACAUCAUUUGUAAUCUGGAAUCUGAAAACCAAGAUAAUACAGCUUUUAUUCUCUGUACUACCUAUCUCACCCAACAGCUGCAAAAUGAAAUUACAUCUUGCUCCUGGGAGCUGACAUUGUUUUGGAGCAAGUUACAAAGGAGAAUUGAUCCAUCUUUAAAUCACUUUCUUGAAAGAUGCAGACAGUUUGGUGUGAUUGCUAAAACACUUCAGCACCUGUUCUUCUUAAUAAAGGUUGUGCAUACGGAGGCUGGAGAUGCUGGUGUCUCGGUUUCAAUAGUUUUAUGCAUUCGUGCUCUUCAGAUCCAGUCAAAUGAAACAGAUACAACAAAAUCUUCUGUUUGCAAAACAAUUGCUUGCCUCUUACCACAAGAUUUAGAAGUGAGAAGAGCCUGUCAGCUAACAGAAUUUUUAUUUGAACCAACUGCUGAUGCUUUAAACACAUUAGAAGAUCUUUUCAUGCAGCCAGAUCAGAAGAAUGACGAGGAAACCUCUGUUAUUUCAAAUUCCCUUCGUUGUGAACUCUUGCUAGCUUUGAAGAGCCACUGGAUGUUUGAUCCGGAAUUCUGGGAUUGGAAAACUUUAAAACGUCAUUGCCUUAAGCUAUUAGGCAAAGAAUCUUCAGAUGCUGAGGAAGAGAACUAUGAAGGACCUUCUACUAAUGUCCCGGAUGUUUUAACUUCUCCUUUGUGUAGCUCUGAGAACAAUCUAAAUGAAACACAAUUUUCUCCAGAAGAUAUGUCAGAUGUGUUUCAGAGCCAUAGAGUGAGAAAACCAGUUGGAUCGUCAGAAAGGUAUAAACGUUGGCUUCAAUAUAAAUUUUUCUGUGUGAUCUGCAAAAAGGAAAUAAUUGAGGCUAGAAUUCUCCAUCAUGCUAAAAUGCACCUUGAAGACGGAGUGUAUACUUGCCCCGUGUGUCUUAAAAAAAUCAAGAAGAAGGAAAUUUUUGUUACCCAUGUCAUGGGGCAUAUGACUAUGCCUACACGUCACAGACCUAAAAAGAAAAAGAAAAAUGAAAAAAGUGUAUACAGCUUAGAGGAGGACUAUGUAGAGGAUGAGUUUAAAGCUAAUGGUUAUCUAUCAUUCAAAGCAAUCCAAGAUCGAAAUCUGCAAGACAGAGAUGUGUAUCCAUGUCCUGGCACUAACUGUUCGAGGGAAUUCAAACAAUUUAAAUAUUUAAGUAUACACCUGAAAGGGGAGCACAGUAACAACGAUGAAAAUGCAGAGCACUAUUUGCUUAUGAAAAACUUGAGAGAAAAAUGUGCAUAUUGUAGACGACAUUUCAUAACCAAUUUUCAUCUGAGGCAGCACAAGAGAAUUCAUUUAGGACCACUGCCUUUUAUGUGUGUAUCUUUAGAUUGCAAUGCCAUGUUUAAGUCCAUUAAUGAACUACUAAUCCACAGGCAAUCCCAUUUGGAGUUGCAAUUUAAGUGUGAGUUAGAGGGGUGCAGCUUGGUUUUCACUGAUUUAGGGCUUCUUUAUCACCAUGAAGCACAACAUUUCAGAGACGCUUCAUUCACAUGCAAUUUUCCAGGUUGUAAAAAAUUCUUUUAUUGUACUUCUGAACUCCGGGAACAUAUUGCCUCUCACCAAACACUUUUUGGUAAAAACAAUGAUAAUGAAACAUGUGUAUUUAAGGAAAUCAAGAAUGAACAAGAAAGCUUUCUUCCCUCUUCGCUUCAAGCACAGUUGUAUUCUUAUCAUGAUAGAGAGAGCAUUUGCAGCAACAGUCCCACACUGUCAAAGAGAGAUUUAGUGACUGAAAUGAGAAUACCGUCUUUUACUGGAGUGCAAAAUUGCAAGCAAUCAACUUUCUCAGAUUCAUCUCCUAAUAAAAAUGAUUGCUCUUCUGAUUCAGAAACUUCUUUGAGUCAAGGAACACAUUUUGAUUAUUUUAGCAAGAAUGCAGUUAAAGAGCAAAGUGGUCAACAAAUGCUUCGUCCAGCGCAGUUUACACAAAAUAAGGCAACUGAAGCAACUGAUGUUUUUUGCACUGCAGAAGGAAAAAACUUAAAUUGCUUAUCAAGUGAGGGUAUUAAUGAAGAGAGUACAAAUGCAAAUUUGGACUCUCAAACACCUACAUGUGCUACCAGUCCACAUACAGCAAGUGAUGUGAAGCAGGAGUGUAAUGAAAUCUUGAUUUCCGGGGAAUAUCACAGGUCUGCUUCUGAUGAUACCUUAUUUGAGCUGCUUACAAGCCUAAAACAUUUAAAUUUGAAAAACUCUAAUGCAUGUAUAACAAACAUACCGCCUCCAGAUCAUGAUGAUAGAGCUAGCUCCUCCAAGAAUUAUACUCCUCCACAAAAGCAAGAACAUUUUUUAAGUCCUUAUCUUGCUCAAUUGUCUGCUAAGCCGUAUUUCUGUGAGCUUAAAGGUUGCAAAAAAGCAUUUGUGACAAAAGAUGCAUUAUUAGUGCACUAUGUAAAAAAGCAUCACUAUACAAGGGAAGAAACACUUAAGUUGGAGAUGUUUCAUAAAAAAUAUUCUCCGUUUGAGUGUCAUAUUUGCCAUAGAUCAUUUACAAGGAGAACUCUCCUAAGAAUCCACUAUAGACAAAAGCAUCUUAUAGGGAAAGAGAGAGUAAAUAAAGCACGGCAUAAAACACUUGAGAACAAACAAAGUGAAAAACAUUUUAAAAAAGAAAGACACAGCAGCCGCUUGAGAAAAUUUAAGAGAAAUGAAACUGCAAGGGGAUCAGGUUCAUUUUCUGAUGUAACAUAUACUGGUAAUGGGGUCAGUAUAUCAAGCUGUUUUGGAGAGGACUUUGAAAGCAGAAAGGGUAGAGGAAGUAAGCGAACUGUUGCACAAGGGAAACUGUGCUAUAUAUUAAAUAAAUAUCACAAACCAUUUAAUUGCAUCCAUGCAGCAUGCAAUUCUUCAUUUACAACCCAAAGGGGCUUAGUUCGUCAUUACCGUAUUGUACACCACUAUAACAGAGAACAGUUAUGCCUAGAAAAGGACAGAGAAAAGUCUAAAAGAGAAUAUAUCAGAAGUAGGAAAAUAUUCACCUGUAAAUUUAAAGAAUGUCGUAAGAGUUUUAUUUGUUCAAGGGCCCUUGUCAGGCAUUACAAAGAAUUCCAUAACCAUGUUGAAAAUGAAAUCCAAGAACUUGAUAUUUUUUGUGCUGAAAACCAAUUUAAACCACAAAUGGAUGACCAAAAACAAAUUGAAGAAACUAAAAGCAAUAUGUCUGAAAUCUGCUGUGAUGUUGACUACGGUGCUGCAUUUACUGACCACACAAUCUAUUCUCAGCACAUAUCAUCCUAUCAACGGAAAUACAAGCUCUUUGACGGUAGAAGAAAGAGAAAGAAUGUGUCAAAGGUGUCGAAAGAUGUGCGGGAAAACUAUGUUGAUCAAAGACCUCGCAGUCAUUCAAUUCACAAGAGAAAAAAGGUCCGUGUGAAAAAUAAGGUUUCAAAGAAAGAUGUGAUUGAUUUUAAAACAAAAGAAGAAGCUCUGCAAAUGUGUGCUCAAAAUGUCGACAUAACACAGUACCCAUGUAGGGUUCAUGGCUGUGCAUCUGUUGUAAAGUUAGAAAGUAGCAUUGUCCGACAUUACAAGUUAUCACACAACAUAACUCCUUCAUACAUAAGCAAUAAUUUUUCUGAAUUAGUCUUCUGUGUUAAAAACUUUCCACAGUUUGAAAAUGAUGAAUCAGUUUUGUCUAAAAAUCUUAGUCCAAACAAAUUACCUACACUUGAUUUGCAAGAAGGUAUAAGGACCCUUUUAGGGCAGAAGGAAGAACAUGUGAAGCAGAUGGGGGAUACAAAAAUAAAUGAUGCAGUUCAAAAAGUUUCUUUCAAUUUAAGUGCUUCAGUAAACAAUGAAAUAGCUCCUAUUUGCAUUCGGGAAUCUGUUGUCAAAAUUUGUAAAAGUAAACAAUGUUUUGCUAAUGUUAGUGAAAAAGAGACUGCAUGUUCUGUGAAAACACAAAGACUAGAAAACAAUCUGGUUGAGUGGCCUCAACAUACAAAGGAUUCAAAAUUUCAUUGUUCCACAGAUAAAAACAGCCAAGAUCAGGAUGUGCCCAAUGAUGCUGGGUUAAAGAACUUUAAACCUACGGGGUUUGAAUCAUCCUUUUUAAAAUUUUUAGAGCAAAGUAGGGAAACAGAUGAUGACUCUGAGGUUGAAUAUAAGCCACCAAAGCAAUGCAAACUACAAAACUCCUUCCAAAAUCGAAAUAGACGUGUGCCACAAGAAAAAACUUCAGAGCAUGGGAGCCUGGGAGGAUUCCAGCCCUUGCUUUCUAAUACAGUUCAGUCCUCUGUAUCUGUUCCUACUCUUGAGGAUUUAAGGACAAUAUUAGAUAAAGCAUUAACGAACUGUGGAGACCUGGCUUUAAAACAACUGCAUUAUCAAAGACCUGUAGUAGUUUUAGAGCGAUCUAAAUUCACCACACCACUCAUAGAUUUGUUUUCAGGCAAAAAAACUGAUGAACUAUGUGUUGGGAUUUCAUGAGUUAUACACUCAUCAUUGAGUGUGCCAGUAUUAGCAACCCAUUGGAAUGACACAGAAGGAUUAUCGUAAAUAAAGACUUGUAAUAUGUAGAAAUUUUGUGCAAUUAGGUGUAUCAUUUCAUGAAUGUAUUUUAGGUGUUCACAAUUGUCCACUUCGAUUUAUCUUUCCAGCUGAAAAGUAAAUAGUUGGUGCUUAGACAUCAAUAUAAUGGGGCUUCCUUUAGAACUGUGCAUGAUUGUCCUGGGCAAUGGGAAAUACAUUUUUUUCUUACUUGAAUGAAAAUGCACUUAAGAGUGCUCUGUGUAAUAUAUUGUACACUACAACCUCUUAUAUUUUUUUGAGUUCUGUUUCAAUAAAUUACAAAAUUUCACCUGU